AGUAGCAUGAAAGGGAAUUCUUCCUAAUGGACAACUAUUGAGCACAUCGGGACUCCUGAGAAAGAUUUUGAAAGCUUGACCCACGUUGGACUGGAAUCAUGUUAAACAAGCCAGUGCUGGUGGAAUCCCUGAUCGUGUUCAUCAUUGUUCUCUUUGUGCACGCUGUGGUGUGGGACCGGUAUUCCUGGUGCGCUGUCGCUCUCGCCAUCCAGGCUUUUUAUGUCCAAUUCAAAUGGGACCGUCUGCUGCAGCUGGGUGGGGCUGUAUUCCAGUUCCGUACAGCAGCGAACAGUGGCCUCCUGCCAGCUAGCAUGGUCAUCCCCUUGUUGGGGAUAGUGAUGAAGGAGAGGUGCAAGUCCGCUGGCAUAGUGUACUUUGAACGUUUUGGCAUAGUUGUAGCUUCCACUGGCAUGCUGGUUGCUCUCUUUCUGUCUGUAAUAGCGGUUGGCAUCACAAAACCUGUGCCAACCAACACUUGCAUACUUACCGGUGUUGCUGGCAGUAUAAUUAUCUAUACCAUGAAGCACUCUCUGACUGUUUCAGAAGUGAUAGAGGUCCUAGAAGUGCUGCUAAUUUUUGUCUACCUCAGUAUGAUCUUGCUGUACUUGUUGCCUCGAUGCUUUACUCCUGGAGAAGCAUUGCUAGUUCUCGGAGGUAUAAGUUUUGUUCUCAAUCAGCUCAUUAAACGCUCACUGAAUGUAAUUGAGGGCAGAGGCGAUCCCAUAGACUUUUUCCUUCUGGUAGCAGUUGUUGGAGUUGUUCUUCUUGGGCUUUUUUUCACUGUGCUCUUCGUUUUCAUGGAUUCGGGUACGUGGAUCUCCUCCAUGUUUUUCCACAUGAUGACAGCAGUGCUAGGCUUAGGGGUCAUCAUGCCUUGGCUUUACCGACUGAUCCAGAGGAACCCUUUGUUCUGGCUACUCCAGUUUCUGUUUCAGACACAGACAAGAGUUUACCUUCUUGUAUAUUGGACCUUUUUGGCUGCUUCAGCAUGUGGUGUAGUUUUCUACCAGAAUGCUAAGAGAUCGUCUGAAUCUAAAAAACACCAGGCUUCAACUAUAACAAGGAAAUAUUUCCAUUUCAUUGUUGUAGCUACUUACAUUCCUGGACUAAUCUAUGACCGCCAGCUUCUCUACAUCGCUGCAGUACUGUGUCUGGCAGUGUUUAUCUUCUUAGAGUAUAUUCGGUACUUCAGGAUCAAACCAUUUGGCCAAACCCUUAGGCAUUUGCUGUCUCUCUUCUUGGAUGAAAGAGACAGUGGACCUCUAAUCUUGACUCAUAUUUAUCUCCUCCUUGGCAUGUCCCUCCCAGUAUGGUUGUUCCCCAGAUCUUGUGCUCCUAAAGGUACCUUGUCUGGGGCAGGAGCACUGAUCCCCUACUCGGGGGUACUGGCAGUAGGGGUAGGAGACACUAUUGCCUCUGUUUUUGGUAGUACAAUGGGGGAAAUCAAAUGGCCAGGAACAAAGAAGACCUUUGAAGGGACAAUGACAGCUAUUUUUGCUCAGAUCAUUGCUGUGGCUCUUAUUCUGAUCUUUGACAGCAGUGUGAAUCUGAACUCCAGCUAUGCCUGGAUUCUGGUGUCUGUGAGUUUAGUUUCUCUUUUGGAAGCUUAUACUACCCAAAUUGAUAAUCUACUGUUGCCUCUCUACCUCCAGGUAAUGUUUAUGGCUUAGAAGCACUUCCAGGAACAGAGGUUUCUCCCUUUCUAGAGGAAAGCGGUAAUAGAAUAUGCACUGUAUUGAGAGCUCAAAGCUGAUCUAAACACUGCUUUUGGUACAGCAGAUAAAAUUCUUAAAAAUAGAAAUGAAAAAGACCUUUUAAAAUAAAGGUUUUGGUUUGGUCUUGUUCUUUUCCU